AUGAUUCUUCGCGCAACAACUUUGGCCGGCGGAAAGGGGCCUCUGCUGGCCGGACAAGACUCGCUGCCCAGUCUCCCCGUCCCCUCUCUCGAGCAGACGCUGCCAAAGUACCUCCGCACCACUCUUCCGCACCACCAGGGCAACGAGGCAUCGCUCAAGCGCACCGAGUCGGCCGUCGAGGCGGCCCUCAAGGGAAAGGAUGCCGCACUGUUCAAGAAGCUCCAGGAGAGGCUGCAGCAGCGGGCAAAGGACCCGGAGUCGGACGGCAACUGGCUGGCCGCCUGGUGGAACGACGCGGCUUACAUGGGCUACAGGGACCCCGUCGUGCCAUUUGUCAGCUACUUUUACCUGCACAAGGACGACCGCUCGCGGAGAACCGGUCCGACACGCGCUGCGAGCCAGAUCAAGGCCAUGCUCCAGUUCCGCAAGCUCCUAGAGAGCGAGGAAUUGGCUCCGGAAAAGACAAAGAGCGGGCCCAUGUGCUCCGGCUCCUACCCCUGGAUGUUCAACUCAUGCCGAAUUCCGGAAAAGCCAAUUGACCAGGCCAAGAAGUACGAUCCUCGGAGCAACAACCACCUGGUCGUAGCCAGGAACGGCCACUUCUUUGAGUUUGAGCUCGUCGUCAACGGAGAAGAACUCAGUGCUGCUGAGAUUGAGGCGCAACUGGAAAAGAUCGUCAAGGACCCGGCGGCAUCGAAGAUGGACACGUUGCCCGUCGGAGCGCUCUCUUCGGUGGACCGAGACACCUGGACCGACUCUCGCCAGGCGCUGCUCAAUGUCACAGGUGACGGCGGCAAGCACAACCAGAAGAUGCUCGAGCGCAUCGAGAGCAGCGUUAUCCUUCUCUGCCUCGAUGAUUCUGCACCCGUGACGACGGAAGAGCGAGGCUGGAAUGUCUGGUGGGGUGAUGGCAAGAACCGCUUCUACGACAAGCAGCAGCUCAUCGUCACCAACAACGGAAAGGCUGGUUACAUGGGCGAACACUCUACCAUGGAUGGAACGCCCACGCUGCGCAUGAAUGACUUCAUUCUCUCUGCCUUGCCUGCGGGCAAGAUCGAUCUGGGCAACUCAAAGCGAUCGGACCUGCCCACUCCCGCGCUGCUCAACUUCCAGCUCGACAAGACAGUCGAAUCGCGCAUUGCAAGCAGCAUCGCCGCAUUUGAGGACCUCAAGUCGAAGCACGACCUGGCUGUCCUUGAAUUCAGCGCCUACGGCAAGGAAGCCAUCAAGAAGUUCAAGUGCAGCCCUGAUGCGUGGGUGCAGAUGUGCAUCCAGGUCGCUUUUUACAAGAUGUUUGGCAAGCCGGCGCCGACGUACGAGUCGGCCCAGACGCGAAAGUUCAAGUGGGGAAGGACCGAGACGAUCCGAUCGUGCAGCCCCGAGUCGCAGGCGUUUGUCGAGGCGUUUGAGUCUGGAAAAGUGUCGGACGAAGAAGUCUAUGAGCUGUUCCAAAAGGCGACGAAGCAGCACCUGUCCUACGCCGCGUCGGCGGCCAAUGGCGAGGGCGUGGACCGACACCUGUUCGGUCUCAAGAAGCUUCUGCAGGAAGGAGAGGAGGUGCCGGACCUGUACAAGGACGAGAUGUACGCAAAGAGCAGCCACUGGCUGCUGUCGACGUCGCAGAUCUCGAGCGAGAGCUUCGAUGCGUGGGGCUACGGAGAGGUUGUCCCCGAUGGCUUCGGAUGCGCUUACGCUAUCAAGAGCGACUACCUGACCUUCUCACUCACGAGCAGGAAGCAGGACGCCGCCAAGCUGCGCCACUACAUCAACGAGGCCUGCCUCGAAAUGCGGGACUUGCACCUCCGUCUGGCCUCGAAGUCUGGCGGCGAAAAGGCAAAAAUGUAG